AUGGUGAAGAUCUUCGAUAACAAUUUAGCGGUGCUUGAAACCAUAGCAAUUUUUGAAGCUCCCUGCGACACCGACGGUUGGAUGACCAUUCAAAGGCGAAAGGACUUUUCAGUGAACUUUAAUCGCAGCUGGGUGGAUUAUACGAAUGGUUUUGGAAACUUAACAGGAGAUUUUUUUCUCGGAUUGGAGAAGCUGCACCAGUUGACCAAGGAUAAGCCACACGAAAUGUCCAUAAAGCUGGUCGAUUCUAGGGACAACACUUAUUUCGCCUAUUAUGAUGAUUUCCAAAUCGGAAGCGAGCAGGAAUUCUACAGUCUAAAAUCGUUGGGAACAUUCAUUGGCUCAUCCGGCAUGCACAACCACUUAAGAUAUCUCGAAGGCAUGAAGUUCUCCACAUUUGACAGUGACAAUGACGAACACACUACGUAUAAUUGCGCUUCUAUGAUGUCUGGCGGUUGGUGGUACAGAGAUUGUGGCUACUGCCAGCUAAAUGAUUCCGUUUGGGGUACCAUCGAUGGCAUUCCCUUUGUGGAAAUGACGAUUAAGCCGAAAUCCGAAUGA